AUGAAGUCCACACUCCUCUCCACCACCCUCCUGGCAGCCCUCACCUCCGCCUCGCCCAUCUCCCGGCGCGCAGACGGCCCCUCAGACGGCGAAAUCCUCAACUACGCCCUCACCCUCGAACACCUCGAAGCGACCUUCUACUCUGAAGCCCUCGCCAAGUACACCGCCGCCGACUUCACCUCUGCAAACUUCACACAGGAAACCUACGAGCGCGUCAAAACAAUCGCCGCAGACGAAGCCGCACACGUCUCUUUCCUAACCGCUGGUCUCAAAGCCGCCGGUGCCACGCCCGUUGAAGCGUGUACUUACGACUUUGGCUACACCGACAUCCCCUCCUUCCUCGCCACCGCCUCCGUGCUCGAAGGCGUAGGCGUAAGCGCCUACCUCGGCGCCGCCGCCGACAUCAUGUCCAAAACCUAUCUCACAGCCGCAGGUUCCAUCCUCACCGUUGAAGCCCGGCACGCAGCGUACAUCCGGAACAGUAUUGCUGAAGCGCCGUUUCCCGCGCCCUUUGAUAACCCGCUGGGUUACAACGAGGUGUACACGCUUGCGGCGCAGUUUAUCAAGGCGUGUCCCGAGGGUAAUCCCAAGUUGCCCGUCAAGGCGUUUCCGGUGCUGAGUGCGGCGCCGGCUGAGAAGGGGAAGAUGGGGGUGUACAGCGGAGAUAAGAUUGUGGUUUCUACGCCCAAGUAUACGAUUGAAGGAAAGGUUUAUGCGGCGUUUAUUACGGUUACGGGACCGGUGUUUGUGGAUGUGGAGGUUGUAGAGGGAGGAUUUGAGGUCAUGGUGCCAAAGGAGGGUGUGACGGGUCAGAGUUAUUUGGUGCUUACGAGUUGUAAUACUGCGGCUACGGAUGAUACAAUUGUCGCUGGUCCGGCGAUUGUGGAGGUUAUGGCUGCGAUGAUGUAA